AAAACAUGAUGUCAGCCAGAGUUUAAGUGCUAUAUAUAGUGUGUGGACAAGACUACAAACUCCGUGGAUCUGUCUUUGACCAAGAGAACACCUGGGACUUUUGCUCCAGGCCUCUCACGGCCGAAGUCAUUAACUGCACCCCUGUGUAAAGGUCAGCCCUGCAGCUCUGGAAGCUUGCUGUCCUGCAUUCAUAUAAAGGACAGACUUUCACCUAGAAGCCUGGCUUUCCUGGUGUGCUGACUGUUCCUUCUGAAUUGGAUGUGUCCCAGAAAAGAAGAUGAUUCAACAUAGGAAUGGGAAAUACAAGAAGCUUCAACAGUUUUGGAAGGCAUAGGAACAAAACCAACAGAGACAAGUUUCCUGGAUACAAUAAAGGAUAAUACAGUUAGUUGCAAACCAAACAGAAGAGAUUACAAAGUAAUACAAGUUGUUUUACUACAAGUAGAGAGUCAAUGGCAGUUUUACUCAGACUUUGUCACUGUAACAGAAGGACGGGCUGUAAGAUGGAACUACCUGGUGUUGCUGUUUGGAUGUUUGUUAGCCUCUGUGCAUCUGUGGCUGGCUAUCCAAAUGGAAAAGUAAGAGAAGCCUGUACUAACAUGAUACCCUGUCAUGGUGGCUCUCCUCAGCUGUCACCUGAGCACAGCAUUACAGUGAAUGGGACUGAAUUUAAACCAGGGGACAGCAUAGAAGUUCGCCUGUCUGGACCAGAUUUUGAAGGGUUUUUCAUACAAGCCCGGGAUGCAGGACACCUGGACAGCCCUGCAGUUGGUUCUUUCGUGUUAGCUGACCGCAGACAUUCUCAGCUGCUGACAUGUGGUCGUACCAAGAAUUCAGCUGUCAGUCACACAAGUAAAGCAAAAAAGAAAGACAUAAAAGUUUAUUGGAUUGCUCCUGGGGAUGCUCCAAAAAAUGUACAGUUUCUAGCCACAGUUGUGAAGAAAUACAGGAUUUUCUGGGUAAAAAUUCCAGGUCCCAUUGUUUCUCAGCCUGAUGUGCUGUCCCCAACACCACCUUUGCAUGCAACAUCAGAGGCUAUGUCAACUUCACACCCAGUUUCCUACAUAUCAAAGCCAUUUAGUGCCUCAGGUUGUGGAAUUAUGAAGUUCUGCAUCAGGAAUCCUACAAACUGUGAUCCUGGAAGUGCGUCCUGUUUUUUUCUAUCCUUCCAACAAGAGGAGAGUUCAGUUUUUAUUGAAAUGAGUGGUCCAAGUGAAGGAUAUUUAGCACUUGCAUUUUCCCAUGACCAGUGGAUGGGUGGUGAUGAUGCUUAUCUGUGUGUUAAUGAGGAUCACCGCGUUCAUGUCAGCACUGCCCAUCUGAAGGAGCGAAGUCAUCCUCUCUUGGAUUCAGAGAAUGCUCUUGAAGAUGUGUCGUGGAGGCUUGCAGAUGGUGUUCUUCAAUGUUCUUUCAGGAGGAGCAUUCAUGUCCCUGCUUAUACAGGGAGAUUUAAUCUAGAUACCAGUUACUACAUCUUUCUGGCAGAUGGGGAAGCUAGUGAAGGUGGACUGAUACACAAACAUCGUCGUCAGCCCCUGGUCACCAAUGGACUGUACAAUGUCACAGGCCCUCCUCAGGAUAUUGGAGGUUCCCGGGCCCCACGCCUUAUCAAGGCUCAUGGAGCACUCAUGUUUGUUGCUUGGAUUACCACUGUUAGUAUUGGUGUUAUUGUUGCACGAUUCUUCAAACCUGUCUGGUCUCAUUCAUUCCUACUUGGAAAGGAGUUGUGGUUUCAGGUGCAUCGUAUGCUCAUGUUGACCACAGUCAUGCUUACAAGCAUUUCUUUUGUGUUGCCUUUUGUAUACCGAGGAGGCUGGAGCCACCAAGCAGGUUUUCAUCCUUAUCUUGGCUGUGCUGUGAUGGCUUUGACAAUCUUUCAACCACUUAUGGCAGGUUUCAGACCAUCUCGUCAUGCACCAAGGAGGCAAUUGUUUAACUGGUUUCACUGGAGUACUGGUACAACAGCUAGAAUAUUAGCUGUUGUAACUAUGUUCUUGGGAAUGGAUCUGCCAGCACUUGACCUGCCAGACCCAUGGGACACCUAUGCAAUGAUUGGCUUUGUAGCUUGGCACGUUGGUACUGAUGUUCUUCUGGAAAUCCACAGCUACUGUCUCAUUCGUAAAGUUGAAGUGAUAGAGGAUGACAGAGUACAGAUACUGCAGUCACUCACAUCUGCAGAAGCAGAGGGUCAUCUGUUUAAACAGAUUGUGUUAACCAUCUAUAUCUGUGGAAAUAUAGUAUUCCUGGUUGCCUUCCUGAUAGCAAUCAACCAAGUAUGAAAUAAGUAUUUGAGAAUUUAGUGACAAAAUACUGUGCAGUUGAAAAAUCUGCAAGGAAUACUUUUCGUUACAACUUUUUUCUCAAUGUAUUCCUGAAGAUGUAAUUGAAGAACAACAGCAAUAAGAAUGCAUGUUAUGCUCAGUGUUGGGGAGAUCUGGAAUUCAAAUCUAGAGAGGAAUUGUCCUACAGUCAAUUGCAGUCCUACAAAAGCUGUCUUCUGAUGGGACUUUUAAUGGGAACCUUUGCCUGAGUAAGGAAUGAAAUCUGUUUUUGAAGGACACUAGUUAACGUUGAUUGAAGCUUAUAGGUGGGAAGAAGACUGAGAUGUGCUGCAAGCGUUACUUGGAUAGUUCCCUAAACCUUUGGUGAAUGUUAUUGGGGGAAUUGGUAAGAUAUGACUGAUCUAUCCACUUUACUGUUUUAAUGUGUGAUAUGCCAGCUUCCUGCUCUUGACAGUCUUUUUCAUAAAGAAACACCCAACCAGACAAACCAUGAAACUUACUGAAAGAUUGUCACAAAUGCAGGUUGAUGCAUGAGCUGAAUAGAUAAAAGUAAAAUGCAAAAAGCAUUGUCUGCUCUGAGAGCAGUGUACUUACACAACAAGCACAGGAGUUUAGGAACUUCAGUCCUUUAGUAAAACCACCAUUUGCCUCACUCAAAAUACUGCUGUCUCAUCCCUCUCGGUGCUUCUAAAUCAUAAAGAGAAAACAUGUUUGCAAUAUAAAUGCAUUAAAACCUGUUGUAACUUAUCUAAAACCCAAACCAGGAAGAACCUGUGUGUUUAUGGAUUUGUUUUACCUGUCUUUGGUUGCUUGUGGCUUCUGAAUUACUUGACUGUGUGAACACGAUGGAUUUAUGCCAACUGAUGCUUUAAUGGAAGUGAAAAUACUUGCUCUGGAAUGGUGCAGUUGUAUCUGUGCUAUUGAGCACAAAUUGGGAGCUAGAUUGACUUCAGGAGAAGCAGCUUUUGUUAGUGUUUAGUGCAAGUCCUUUGAGCUGGUAUAUCUAGAAGACAGAACUAUAAAAAUUCUAUAACAAGUCUGUUCUGAAAGAAUUUUGGAGGGCAAUUUUUUGGUCAACAAAAAGUUUCUCCAAAUAUUUGAACUAGUUACAGACACUAGGAAGAGACUAUAUUGUUUCACAUUUUUUGUUCAUGGCUUGCCCAAGUAUGGAAGGAUACUCUUGAAAUGGCAUUUUGGAAAUGAAGCCUUAAUAUGCUGUGCAGUUACAGUGCUUUGCAGUUGUGUUUUGUGUCUCUGAACAGCUUGUUCCCACACGUUUCAUUUUUCUUACUGAAAAGUAUCGAUUUUUAGUUGUAACAAUUCAAGAUAGGUUUGGUUUUUUUUGUGGGUAUUUUUUUUUUGUUUGUUUGGUUUUUUUGGGUUUUUUUUUUGUUUUGUUUUGUUCUUUUUUAUCCAGUCCUACUAAGCUAGCUGGGAAUGAAGAUGCUGGGAGUAUUGGAUAGAAUAGUGAGGCCUGACUCUGUAUAGACUUUUACAGCGACAUCUCUACAAGUGUGGCCAGCUCUAAAAUCCUUGUAGGUGUUGGUCAGGUGAUGGUUCUCUGCAGCUACCAAAGCUGUCUGCUCUCUCUUCCUCCACCUUCCCAAGUCCAUGGUGCAGCCUGUUGCAUGGACAGGUAAUAUUCAGGGAGCUACACGUUUGUUGGUAGUCAGUGAUCUUUUUGGCUGCUCAGACAUUUGAUUUAGCCAUAAGGGUGUUUAUGAAGCUGGGAUUAAUCCCUUUGUCAGCAGCAGCUGACUGAGAGUGAGUCCAAGUUGAAUCAUCUCCCUUAGAGAAGUCAUGUGCAGAUUGGGAAAGGGGGAGCACAAAGAAAUGAGUCACAACCCAG